UAUUGGCUCGCCGACAAUAACAAAUCCUGAAUACACAGUAGUAAGGACGCAAACCCAGCAAUGACCACAGAACAUCCGGGGGGAGGGGGGUAUUUUGGGGCAAUGACGUUAGAGAGUCGGAAGCAGCUAAUAGAUGGCGACAGUAUCAGUAAAAAAACCUUGUUAUCAUUUUGUGCAAGGGAGUGGGCAAUCUAUAGUUGUCUUCAUCUAUGUUGAUGAUUAAUUCUACCAAUAUCACCAAUAGUGUGUGUGAUAGGCGUGAUUGUGAAAUACCCUUAAAUAAAACGCACUUGUAUUCGUUCAUUUUUUCAAGAGCUUCCGGAAGUUCCUUUGUUUUUAGUGUGGUUCUAAAUUGUCCGAAUCAGUCCUAGUGCAGUGUCGUAGUUGCCCGAAUUUUCACGUGAUUUGCAUGCUGCUGUGCAACAACAACAAAGCCCCCCAGGACAUUUGCAUGCCCUCAUACGAUUCGGUACCCCGUUAUGCAGUUGUGCCAUCUCCGCUACUGCUCCGUGACUUGGAAGAGCGUCAGGACCACAAAGCGCUAAGCCAGGAUUUCGUCGCGACCUUUACCCAUGCCGUUCAGGGCUUAGAAUCAUGUCAGCCAGCAGCCUUUCAAGAAUGCUACCCAUCAAGUCUUUUGCAGCACUGCCAGAAGAUCGGCGAAGGCCUGUAUGGGGAAGUGUUUCUGUACCGAAACCCAACGGGGGGCACCACUGUAAUGAAGGUGAUCCCCAUGGGCGGCACUCUGCCGGUUAAUGGCGAAGCACAGAAGCAACUUCACGAGGUUUUGCCUGAAGUUUUGAUCGCAACGAAACUGAGCAACUUGCGUUAUCAGCGAGCCAAUCAAACGCAUGCUUUUAUCGAAGUGAAGAGCGUGAGAUGCGUGCGGGGCCUCUAUCCGGAGAAGCUCCUCGACCUGUGGAACGACUACAAAGAGACCAAGGGGUCGGAAAACGAUUCCCCAGAAAUUUUUGACGAGCGACAGCGCUUUAUGGUUUUGGAAACCAGCUAUGGCGGCUGCGAUAUGGAAGCGUUUGGCUUUGCCGAUGCUGCCCAGAGCUACUCAAUGUUCCUGCAGAUUGUUCUGGCGCUUGCCAUUGCCGAAGAGGAGCUGGAGUUUGAGCACCGCGACCUCCACUGGGGCAACAUCCUUUUGGCCCGCGUCCCUGAAGAUGAGAAGGUGAAUUUUACCUACAAAGGGCACGAGAUCUCAUUGGAGUCGCAUGGAGUGAAGGUGUCUAUCAUCGACUUUACCAUGUCGCGAAUUAGCCUGAAUCAAGUGGCAGUUUACACGGACUUGGCGAAUGACUGCGGCGUGUUCAACGGAUCUGGCGACUACCAGUAUGAGAUUUACAAGCAGAUGCAGAAGAAGAACCAGAACGAAUGGAGCCACUUUGACGCCUUCUCCAACAUCCUGUGGCUCAGCUACAUGCUGGAUAAGACAAUAACCGCGCUGCGCUAUUCGAACGCCCACAGCAAGCAGCACAAGAAAUACAUGAGCAAGCUGAAGGUGCUGAACCUGGAGAUUCUGGGCUUUGAUAGCGUUAACGACUUCGCCCUUAAUCUCCCCCAAACCAGCUCGCAAUAGUGACGUUUGUUAUUCGAAUAUAUAGAGUGUUUAUAUAUAUUUUUACAUAGCGUUAAGCCCUAAAGUUGAUACGAGCACAAUAUUUUUCCACGAAUAAACCAGUUUUAAUAACAAUGA